AUGGCCGUUGCACGCUCCAUGCGCCGCACGAGCCCAAUUAGCCUGGUGCUAGCAGCGCUGCUGGCAUUUGGCUUCAUAUGUUUCCUGCUUUCCCCCUCGACACCCUCCGCAUCCUCCGCAUCCGCCAGCUCCCAACAGCGCCAGGAAAACGCCGCCGAACACCCCCUCUCCCCACCCACAAAACCCUUCUUCAAAUCACAGCCUGUCCGAAGCGAUGGCUACAAGGCAGCUCCCCCCGGUUGUCCACUACGACCUCAACAGCCUAACCAACACCGCGGACUCACUGAUCUCCCUGGGAUUCAUCGCACCGAAGACAAGCGAGGAAACGCCGCAGUUGCGGCUCUAGAAAAGGCCAUUGCCAAGACGCAAUCCGGACCAAUCGACAAUCGCUUCGCGAGUAUCAGUAUCCUCCGCCAAGACUUCGAGCCGCCAUUGAAAUCCCAGGAUGAGAAGGCCCGCCAUGCAAUGGCCGCGCAGAAAGAGCGCCGCGAGUCAAUGAGUCGUGCGAGAAAUAGUCUCGUCUUUACAACGCUCGGCCCCGGGACUUCGUGGGUCCUCUGGUUGGAUAGCGAUAUUGUCGAGACGCCGGCUACUCUCAUUCAGGAUCUAACGGGCUUCGAUCAGCCGGUCAUUGUGCCGAACUGCUUCCAGCGCUAUUACGAUUCCUCGAAGAAGAAGUGGGAUGUCAGGCCUUAUGACUACAACUCUUGGGUUGAUAGCCAGACUGCGCAGAAUCUCGCUGCGAACAUGGGGCCGGAUGAGAUUCUCUUGGAAGGUUAUGCUGAGAUGCCGACGUAUCGUACCCUGAUGGCGCACUUGCCGGAUAUGAAGAAGCUCGAUCCGAAGAAGAUGCUUGCUCUUGACGGUGUUGGUGGGACGGCGUUGUUGGUCAAGGCGGAUGUUCAUCGUGACGGUGCCAUGUUCCCUGCCUUCCCGUUCUUCCAUUUGGUGGAGACGGAGGGCUUUGCGAAGAUGGCUCGAAGACUGGGUUAUGAGGUUAUUGGACUCCCGGAUUACUUCGUCUACCAUUAUAACGAGUAA